GACAGCUGGGUUGCCAGGCCAACGACGAAAUGUGCUUCUCCACAACUUUUCAACUUUGCGCCAUCGAUCAAAUUUUCUCCCUCCGUCAGUUGUUUUUUCGAUUCCAUACAAAUAUAGCUAGUUACCCGUAGUCCUCCGAGAUGUCUUACCAAACCUGGCUUAACUAUCUGCAAUCCGCGGAGAAAAACUCGAUGAUUAGUGGUCGGGCUCGCAAGGUGCUCUACAAAUUCCCGGACGGAAGACAAAUGGCUGAGGAAUACAACAUGGAAACGGGAAUUGUUCAACGCCGGGCCUGGAAAUCAAAGAGCAACAAGAUGAUGGGUGAAUCGGAGUGGGAAAUCGAACUGGGCGAGGAGCCCCGUCAACUGAAUUGGUCGGGAAACAAGCCACAAGGAACUGGCGAAGAUACGGACUCGUUAGCUGGCGGGGAUUUCACUCUGCGAGAAAGCAACACCGCUCCACUGCUAACCAAACGGAUCACCAAAAAGAACAUCGAGUGGCGCAUCCGUAAUAUGCCCUAUAGUCUGGAUGUCUAUAACGUAACGGCCGAUCCCGAAAAGCGGGCCAUUAUCGUGCGCACCUCCAACAAAAAGUACUACAAAGUCAUCCAGGUUCCCGAUUUGGAUCGCUGUGGAGUCAAGCCUCAACAGGAAAACAUUUCGGUGCACCACCAGUUCAACACCUUGAUAAUCACCUAUCAAAAACCAGCAAUACUAUGUGAAAUGGAGGCGCAGGUUCUGCUUCUGCUUAAAAAUGUCGAAACUGAAACGGAUAUGGACGACCUGCUAAAGGGUUUGAUGGCCAAAUAAAAGACUUAGAUUGUACUAACUACAAAACAA